AUGGCCCAGGUCUACUUGUGGCUAGUGGCAGGAGUGAUGCUCAGCUCCAUCCCUGCUUGUUCUCUUGGCGAGGACGGACGUUGGACCCAUAAGACAGACAACUGGAAAAUCUUAGAUCUUUUGAGACAGCUGGAACGUAUCCCCCCUCAGUUAUGCCUGAAUGACAGAAUCGACUUCCAAUGUCCUUGGCAAAGGGGGAAUGUCACCCAAAUGCAGAAGCCUCAACGCACCUGUGUGCAGCAUGUGGUGCUCCAGCAGAUCUUCAGCCUCUUCCUAUCGACAGAUAGCCAUGCUGUGUGGAACCAGACCGUCCUCGGUCAACUACUCUCUAGCCUUGCUAGCAGUCUGGUACGCAUGCAGCUGGCGGAAGAGGAAAAUCUGGCUUGUCCCGAUUGGGGAAAUCGUGUCCGGAAGUACUUCCAAGGAAUCCACAACUACCUGAAAGGAAAAAAAUACAGCUCCUGUGCCUGGGAGGUGGUUAGAGUCGAAAUUCAAGUACACCUUGUCCUCCUGUAG